CCAGCUACUGUUGCGGCGGUGCCAGUUCGCUGGGUUUCUGUGGAGCUUCCCCGACAGAGAAGGCGCGAGAGUCGGGGUGCACACAGCACACGCGCGGGUGUGAAGCUCGGGGUCCCCACCCGGGUGACCGGCUCCAUGGCCCGGACAGGCACCGCCAUUCCCGCGGCGGCCGCUUCUGCCGCCGCUCCCCCCGGGCUCCGCACACACAGUCCGAUGGCGGCGCCCGCCCAGAGGCGCGGGGCUGAGGUUGGCGUGACCUUUGAGGACAUUGCCCUGUACUUCUCCAGGGAGGAAUGGAGCCUCCUUGAUGAGGGUCAGAGACAGCUGUACCUGAAUGUGAUGCUGGAGAACUUUGAAAUUCUAUCCUCACUGGGGAUGGAACCUGCAAACCCAGCAUUUGCCCUUACCAAGAAUGUAAUCGACAACCUUUUGGUGCAUGGGAUAACGCCCAACGAACACAGCCACAGUGGAGAAAAGCCUUUUAAAUGCAGUGAGUGUGGUAAAUCUUUUCUCAGGAGCACUGCCCUUCGAGGUCAUCAGAGAUUGCACACUGGAGAAAGGCCUUAUGAGUGCCACGAAUGUGGGAAAUCUUUUUCCUGGAGUAGUGACCUUCAUCGUCAUCAGAGAGUUCACACUGGAGAAAAGCCUUAUCAAUGCAGUGAAUGUGGGAAAUAUUUUACCAGGACAUCUAACCUUCAUGAACAUCAUCAGAGAAUUCACACUGGAGAAAAGCCUUAUAAAUGCAGGGAAUGUGAAAAGUGUUUUACCAGUAUCAGUGAACUUCAUUGUCACCAGAGAGUUCAUACCAGAGAAAAGCCUUAUAACUGCAGUGAAUGUGGAAAAUCUUUUCCCAGGAGUGCUGACCUUCGUCUUCAUCACAGAAUUCACACUGGAGAAAAGCCUUAUAAAUGCAGUGAAUGUGGGAAAUCUUUAACCACCAGCACUGCUCUUCGAGGUCAUCAGAGAUUGCACACUGGAGAAAGGCCUUACGUGUGCAGUGAAUGUGCGAAAUCUUUUAUCAGUAGCUCUGCCCUUUCCCGUCAUCAGCGAGUUCACACUGGAGCAAACCCUUAUAAAUGCAAUGAAUGUGGGAAAUCUUUAUCCACCAACAGUGCCCUUCAGAUUCAUCAGAGAUUGCACACUGGAGAAAGGCCUUACGUGUGCAGUCAGUGUGGGAAAUCUUUUUUCAGUAGGAAUGUUCUUUAUCGUCAUCAGCGAGUUCACACUGGAGAAAAGCCUUAUAAAUGCAGUGAAUGUGGGAAAUGUUUUCACAGGUGCACCAACCUUCGUGUUCACCAGAGGGUUCAUACUGGAGAAAAGCCUUAUAAAUGCAAUGAAUGUGGGAAAUAUUUAUCUACCAACACUGCCCUUCAGAUUCAUCAGAGAGUGCACACUGGAGAAAGGCCUUACAUGUGCAAUGAAUGUGGGAAAUCUUUUAUCAGUAGCACUGUUCUUUAUCGUCAUCAGCGAGUUCACACUGGAGAAAAACCUUAUAAAUGCAGUGAAUGUGGGAAAUCUUUAUCCACCAACACGGCGCUUCAGAUUCAUCAGAGAGUUCACACUGGAGAAAAGCCUUAUAAGUGUAGUGAAUGUGGGGAGUCUUUUACCAGGAGCACUGCUCUUCGUUGUCAUCAGAGAUUGCACACUGGAGAAAGGCCUUAUCAAUGCAGUGAAUGUGGGAAAUCUUUUAACACGACAUCUCACCUUCAUGAACAUCAUCAGAGAAUUCACACUGGAGAAAAGCCUUAUAAAUGCAGGGAAUGUGAAAAAUCUUUUACCACUAGAAGUGAACUUCAUUGUCAUCAGAGAGUUCACACUGGUGAAAAGCCUUAUAAGUGCAGUGAUUGUGGGAAAUCUUUUACCAGGAACACUUCCCUUCGAUAUCAUCAGAGAUUGCACACUGGAGAAAGGCCUUAUGAGUGCAGUGAAUGUGGGAAAUCUUUUCGCAGGAGCCGUGACCUUCAUCUUCAUCACAGAAUUCACACUGGAGAAAAGCCUUAUAAAUGCAGUGAAUGUGGGAACUCUUUUAUCCAUAGCACUCUCCUUUCUGGUCAUCAGCAAGUACACAUUGGCACAAACCAUUAUAAAUGCCGUGAAUGUGGGAAGUCUUUUACCGCUAAUGAAUCUCAUACAUUUAAAUGAAUCUCAUACAUUUAAAUACCUACAUGAUAUAAAAUCUCCAUAAAAUCCC